AAUAAAUGCUCCUUGCCACGCGAUUUCAAAGACACAGAUGCAGCAUGGGAAAUGGGCACUCACUCGGCUACUUUCACGUAAUUCCAAAGAGUCGGAGUAUUUGAAAUGAUGUACCGUAACUCCAGAAUGGCGGAAUCGAGUGCGGCGAUGAUGUUCUCCGAGCAGGAGCUCACCUGCUCCAUAUGCCUGGACCUGUUCAACGACCCCGUCUCCACGCCCUGCGGCCACAACUUCUGCCAGAGCUGCAUCGGGAGCUACUGGGCCACCAGCGCCAGCUGCAGCUGCCCGCUCUGCAAGCGGCAGUUCGCCACGCGGCCCGAGCUCAACAUCAACCGCGUCUUCGCCCUCAUCACCGAGAAGUUCAAGGAGUCGCGCUACGGGGACCUGCCUCCCGCCCCGGGCCCGGAGCGGAUGAACGGAGAUGGUGCCGGAUCGGGAAUGCCGGCGACGCCCUGGGAUAUCACCUGCGACGUCUGCACGGGGAGGAAGGCCCUGGCCGUGAAGUCGUGCCUCACCUGCACGGCCUCGUACUGCGAGAGCCACAUCCAGCCCCACCUCCAGGUGCCCUGCUACGCCCACCACCAGCUGCUGGAGCCCCACGAGGCGCUGCAGGGCCGCACCUGCCACACGCACCACCGGCUGCUGGAGGUUUACUGUCGCACCGACCAGAUGUGCAUCUGUGCCAUCUGUGUGCUGGAGGAGCACCACAGCCACCGGACCGUGUCCGUGCAGACGGAGAGGGCCACCAAGCAGAAACUUCUUGGAAAAACUGAAUCAGAGAUACAAAGCAGGAUCAAGGAGAAGACGAUACGACUGACUGAAAUCAAUCGCAAAUUGGAGUCACUCAGGAGAUUUGGGAAGGGCGAGGUGUCCGAGGUGGAGCAGAUCCUGGCGGAGAUGAUGCGGUCGGUGGAGAGGAUCAGGGGGGAGCUGGUGGGGGGGAUUGAGGAGAAGCAGGCGGUCGUGGAGGCGCAGGGGCAGGAGUUGGUGUCCCAGCUGGAGGAUGACCUGGCGCAGCUGCAGGAGCAGAGGGCCAGCCUGGAGGUGCAGGCGAACUCCGAGGAUCACAUCAGCUUCCUGAAGAGUUUUGAGGCAGCCGGUGCACUGUGUAACAAUGAGGAGGAGGACUAUCAGGAGACGGACCACCUGGAGCUGCACCUCCCUCUUGGGGAGGCAAAGAAAGCGCUUGGGGAACUAAAGGACAGGCUGGAGGACAUCCGCAUGGGAGAGGUGCGCUCACACCGAACCGUAUCUCUGCCGGAGAGUGAGAGCAUGCAAAGUCUUCAGGGAAUGAGGAGGAGGGAAUGGUCAAUCAGAGAUCUGAGAAUAAUGAAAGGAUCAGGAAUAAAGAAGGUCCGUUGCUUUUCGGAUGACGUCACGCUGAACCCGGUUACGGCCUACCCCUUCCUGAUCCUCUCGGACGACCGGAAGCAGGUGAAGAGGGGAGAGAAGCUCCAGUUCUACAGGAACAGCACUCAGCGGUACGACGUGUGGUCCUGCGUGCUGGCCAAGGAGGGGUUCUCCACCGGAAAGCACUACUGGGAGGUAAACGUGGGUGAAAAUAAGGAUUGGAAAGUGGGAGUGGUGCGGGAGUCCGCUCAAAGGAAGGGCCUGUUCGACAUGAACCCCAGCAGCGGCUACUAUGGGCUGUGGUGGGGCGGUACCCAGCUGCGAGCCCUCACCACACCCCCCCUCGCCAAGGUCAAGAUCUCCAGCAGGCUGAGACGAGUCGGGGUGUUCCUGGACUGCGAGGAGGGCCAGGUGACCUUCUACAACGCCAAGUCGGGCUCUGAGUUGCACACAUUCAACGCCGAGGAGUUCACGGAGAAGAUGCUGCCGUUUUUGGGUACUGGCGACAAAGAGGUUCCACUCAUUCUCAUGACCGUACAGUAUAACAUACCUGAGUGAGAGAGGGAGGUUCGGAGCAUACCAAAGUGACAGAGCCAUUACAGCACAGUAGAACAUAAACAAGUAUCAAAGGGUUGGGUAUAACGGUAUCUACGGCAACGGAAAGCUGUCAUAGUGACAGAGAGAAAGCCUGAGGGGAAGGAGCAAGUAUGUUUAUUCCUGGUGCAUGCUGGGACAGGGGUAAUUGAAGCUGCUUGUGUGAUUGCUAAAGGGGAUGGACAUUUACACUAUUUAUAUUCUCGUACACGCUUUUCAUUCAGAAUUAGUAUCUUAUUUUGCACACCCUUGCAUUUACAACUUUACACAGUGCACCCGAAUGUACCUGAUUUUGUGCUUAUAAACACCUUUACACUUGAGAAUAAUUAUUUUUACACACCCGUUACACUUACACUUAAAAAUCCUGAAGUUUACACACCUUUACACUUAAAAAGCCUUAUGUUUACACACUGUGUUUGCCUUCCACUUGAUUAGCCUAAGCAGAACGGAGAAUACCUUGGGUUUGAGAGGUAAAAACAAAAGCCAAAAACAAUAUAUCAUCUAGGUAAACCCAUAUAACAUCUAACAGACUGCAUGUCACAUGUCACAAAACUUUUAAUUUUAUUUAAUUUUUUUUACUAACUAGUGUGGGUGAAUUUCUGUUUAAAAAUGUUCAUCUUUAAUGACAACUCAAACUCCAGGCAGAGAGAAGUGGGAGAGAUUGUUUUCUCAUGUGGAUUUGAGAAGAUUGGAAGUAUAAGCUGUACUUUGUCAGUGUUGUAAAUGUUGUACGUUUGUCUAUAGGUAUUUAACAUGCACACAAUUGGUUAUGUACAAUUUUAAAUAUUAAGAAAUAAACAUUUAAACCAGAUGAGUGUCUGAAAACUACUGUCCACUUUAAGUUCCCAUAACUGACACACACUCCCACUCUCAUUUAAACAUUAUAAUUUACACAUAUUUUGUUCAAAUGUAUAUAAAGCAGGUGUAAAGAUUAAACAAUUUAUCUAAGGAGGAAAUAAA